AAACUCAAUUCAAUUGAACCACCCAUGGAAGUAACCUGGUUAUACACAUCCCUCUCUCUUAUCCUCCUCCUCUUUCUAGCUUUCAGGUUCUUGACGGAAAAACGCCGUAACCUCCCACCGAGCCCCGCACGGGCGCUUCCGGUUAUAGGUCAUCUCUACCUCCUGAAACAACCUCUUCACAGAACCUUUCACAAGCUUUCAGAGAAAGCUGGCCCAAUCAUAUCUCUCCGAUUCGGAACCCGAUUGGUUGUUGUUGUGUCUUCGUCGUCGGUGGUGGAGGAGUGUUUCACCAAGAACGACGUCGUUCUCGCCAACCGCCCUCGUUUCACAAUCGGCAAGUACUUAGGCUACAACUACACCAACAUCGUUGGAUCCCCCUACGGCGACCACUGGCGCAAUCUCCGGCGACUCAGCGCACUCGAAAUUUUCUCCGCCAGUCGUCUCAACAUGUUCUUAUCAAUUCGACAAGACGAAAUCAAGCGAUUACUGUGCUAUCUUCGUCAAAAUUCAGUCAAUGGGGGUUUCGCGAAGGUUGAUUUGAGGUCAAAAUUAUCGGAGCUGUCAUUCAAUAUGGUUAUGAGGAUGAUUUCAGGAAAGCGAUACUUUGGAGAAGACGAGGGCAAUGACGAGGCGAAGCAUUUUCGGGGCCUCAUAAAGGAGGCAGUCCGAUACGGCGGUGCGUCGAAUCCGGGAGAUUUCUUGCCGGUUUUACGGUGGAUUGAUUACAAGGGUUUAGAGAAGAAUUUAGCGAAGCUUAGUGAGAAGAUGGACGUGUUUUUACAGGGUCUAAUUGAUGAGAACAGGCGUGAUAUUAAUAGUAGAAACACCAUGAUCAGUCAUUUGCUUUCUCUGCAACAAUCACAACCAGAGUACUACACCGAUCAAAUCAUCAAAGGGCUUGUGCUGGUAAUGCUAACUGCGGGCACAGACACAUCAUCUGUGACAAUAGAAUGGGCAAUAUCACUUUUACUCAACAAUCCUGAGAUAUUAAAAAAGGCUAGGGCAGAGUUGGACACUCAUGUGGGUUCUGAUCGCUUGAUCGAUGAAGCAGAUUUGUCCAAUUUGCAUUACCUUCACAAUAUCAUAUCGGAGACUUUUCGAUUAUUUCCGGCAGCACCGUUAUUAGUGCCACACGAGUCUUCUGCUGAUUGUACAAUUGGGGGAUAUGAUGUGCCACGCGGCACAAUUUUAUUAAUUAAUGCGUGGGCAAUUCACAGGGACCCUAGAGUAUGGGAUGACCCAACAAGCUUCAAGCCUGAAAGGUUUGAAGGUGGGGAGGUUGAGGCACACAAACUAAUGCCAUUUGGGAUGGGAAGGAGGUCCUGCCCAGGUGCUGGAUUGGCUCAGAGAGUGGUGGGUUCGGCCUUGGGAUCAUUGAUUCAAUGCUUUGAGUGGGAGAGGAUUAGUGGAGAGGAGGUUGAUUUGGCUGAAGGAAAAGGGAUCACCAUGCCAAAAGCUAAGCCACUGGUAGCCAUGUGUAGAGCUCGCACCAUUAUGGACAAAGUUCUUUCAGAAAUUGAAAAAAAUGUUUGAGAAUUUCUUGAAAAGUUAUUAUUGUGCAGGUAUGUAGAGGUUACGCCUAAAAUGAGGUUUAAAAAGUAUAAGUUAAAGACAGUUUUACCUUCUAGUUUAAAAGAUAGACUAUCCUCACCAUUGAAUCACGACUAAAAUAUUCAGUGUGACAACACUUCUAGUAUUUAAAUAUUUACUCAUAAAUUACAAUAAACUAUGGUAAUGAUAUUAUGUAAUUAGUCGUUGUAUACAUAAUUGAGACGUUUUAUAUAAGGAACACAUUUUUUUGUUGCAUUUAUCUGCUAUUGCUAUUAUUCUAACUUUUGUUCUUUGAUAAUUGAUUGCCAUCGACAGCAAAUAGCAUUAUUCUAUCACUGAAAUUGAUAGUGGCAGAAACUUGCACACGAUCACUGAAAUUGAUAGUGGCGGCCUUCCAGAGUGCUCCACUUUUAUAUAUACUAGUUGAUGCAUACGUGUAAUAUACGUUAAUUAUUUUUACUUGUUUUAAAAAAAAAUAGAUAAAUUGUACCAAUUUUCUUUAUGUAGAGAU